AUUUUCUUCAUAUUUGUUUGUGAUCCGACAUUUGGAGCCAACUGGUUUUCCAGUAUCGGUUUUAUUAAGUGGACCCAAGAAUGUGCUGCACAGGGAGCUCCUUCUGUACAGAAGAGAAGUCAAAACCAUGUGGCAUAGAUAGAUGCAUAGUAUGGAUCAAAGCUCAUUUUGGCACCAGCAACUUAAAUAAGGGUUAGCGGUGCUAAUCAAAGGUGGAUGUGCAGCAGAGUACAGGAGUUGAUCAGUCACAUUUUGUUCUGUGCCAGUGAAACAAAAGGAGUGGUCACUAGCAGAUAACCAUCCAGCUGUUUAAACUAGUAUUUUCUUAACUGGAGAACUGAGUUAUGUUGCUUUCUCCUCUGUCAAUAUGAGCGUAUUUUGAUUCACUUAUGACCCCAACAGUAAAAUACACUGGAAAUUCUGGCUUUGCUUUGCCAACCAAGAAUAGGACAUGGACCCCCAAAUGGUCACCCCUUUUGUUAACUGCAGCCGUUCCUGUGCAUGUCCUACAUUUCACUGAAAGCUAUCCCAAGAGUAAAUAUGCGAUUCAAAACAAUGAGAAAUCAUCCAUUCCCCCAUGUUUUCUGGAUUUGCUGUGUUUUGUCCAACUCUUUCAUUGGUCCUUCCCAUAAAUCUCCUCUGGGGGUGUUUUCUGUCAAAUGCUAUCACAAUGCAUACAUUUGUCUCGGCUUUCCUAUAGCCCCUGUGUAUGUUUAUCCAACUGAUCACACGGACCCCGGAGACCCUCCUCCUCCUCCCUUCCGUACAGCGAUCAGGGGCGGGGCAGCACUGCAGCAGUGAGCCUCUCCAGCAGCUGUCUCCGGUAAUGUUCCACAGAUACACACGCCCCUCUCCGCCCCGGCCCCCAGACAGGUGGUCGGACUGUACGCUCUCAUCCUCCCUAUUAGAAUAAGGAAAAAUAUAUACAUCUGCUGGCAACAGGACAGGCUCGGCUGGCGCAAGCGCGUCCCCGAUGGACUUCCAGCGUGUGACCUCCGCGAUCACCGGGCGGCCAGCAGGAGGAGAGCGGGGCAGCAACCGGAACGCACCAGGAGAGCCCCGACGAUCUACCGCCGGAUUCCUGGAGAUGCCGAGAGAGGAUCUGCGCGCGGAGGGAUGAGAUGCACGAGUAGGAAGCUGACACGAUUUCCGUGGGAUUUUUCAUCCGCGAGGCGGAAGGAUCAUUUCUGACAAUCCUUGGGAAGUUCCCCUGGGAGAGAGAGAGAGAGAGAGGUGGUGGGGGGCUCCAUUAUGGCUACAGGCGCCGGUAAGGCUGCACAGUCCCCCGGGCCGGGCUCCACCGUGAACGGGACUGCGGCAGAGUUGGCCACCAUCGAGCAGGAGCUCUAUGACUACCAGAUGCACAGCAAGAUGUGCAAGAAGAUCGCUCAGCUCACCAAGGUGAUUUACUCGCUGAACAUGAGGAAUGAGGAGCAGGAAGCAGCCUUGCAGGCCUUAAGCCACGCUCACCAUGACGAGCUGCACCGCAUCCUGAUGGAAACGUGCCACGAAGGAGAGGGGUCGGUCUUAAGGACACGCCUCCUUGAGCUACAGGAGUCUCUGGAUGAGCAGCAGCGAGUUGGGGCUCAGGUUCAGGCAGACUUUGAGUUCUUCCGCAUCCAGGCGGAGGAGAGGGAGCGCGAAACUGAGGCGGAGCUGAGGAAAGAGUUUCAGGUGAAACUCCGGGCUGCCGAGGAAGGACUCCUGGAGGCCAAGGCCGACCUGAGCGCCGCGCAGGACGAGAGCCUGAGACUGAGCAAAGACCUGAAGACCGCGGGCGAGCAGAUCCAGGAACUGUACGCCAAAUGUGAGGAGCUCCAGAAACUGGCUGACGAGGGCAAAACGAGGAAGGAGGAAGACAGGGAAAGAGAGGAUGAGGAGAAGGAGAAGCAGGAGGACUUGGAAAGAGUGAAAGCCCUCCUGGAGGAGCUGCGGGUCCUGAAGGAGGAGAGGGAGCGAGCGGAGGAGGAGAAGAGGCGAGCGGUCAGAGAAGAGCGGGAGCAGUGGGAGCAAAAAGUGAACGACCUCCAUGAAGAGAACGAGGAGAUGAGGAAGAAGACUGAGGCGGAGUGGAGAGAGGAGCGGCAGCGGUGGGAGGAGAGGGAGGAGGAGGAGAAGAAGGGGAUGCACAGCGCGCUGCGGGAAAGAGUGAAACGGGCUGAGGCGGAGGUCGAAGGUCACCUGGAGAGACUUUCUGAGAGCAAAAGGAGCACAGUGAAGCUUCAGGAGAGAAUACAGGACCUGGAGGAGGAGCUGGAGCUGGAUCGGAAGCGGGUGUCGGAGGCGGAGGCCGUGGUUAAACGGGCGGAGGAGGAGCUGGCUGUCGCCAAGGAGAGGCUGCUGCUGCAGGAGGAUGAGCUGCAAAGCAGAGCAGAGGAGCUGCUGAACCGUGGGUGCUGUGAGGUGUGUGUGUGUGCUGAGCUGGAGGAGCUGAAGAGCCAGGUGAACCGCCUGCAGAGCAGGAACAGAGAGCUGGAGCUACAGAGCAGCGGCAGAAACAGCGACCACGCCCGACAAAUACGCCAGCAUGCUGAAGCCCUGUCCAGUUUGCGCUCAGAGAUGGUGAGAGCCCAGACCGAGGAGUUGCGUCGCAUCCAGAAGCAUGCCGACGACGAGAGGGACAAACUGCUGAAGGAGAUGGAAAAGGAGAGGGAAAGCUUGCAGAAGGAACGGCAGCAAGAAAAAGACCAGUUUGAGAAGGAAAGAAGCAAAAUCCGCAGAGAAAGAGACGAAGAAAAGGAAGCGCUCCAGAAACAAGUGGGGGAGAUCACAGAACGUAUCAGGGGGGAGAAAGAGGAAGAGGUGGACCGGCUGCGCAAAGAACUGGAAGUCGAGCGGGUUCGGAUUCGGUCCCAACUGGACAAGAGCAUGGAGCAGGUUGAUGCGGAGAGGGCCAAUGUGCAGCAGAAGCUGGAGGAGGAGAAGAAGAGACUGGCGGAGAAGGCUGAGGAGGACAGAAAGCGGCUGAAGGAGCAGGUGCGGAAGGCAAUAGAGGAGGUGAUGAGGAGGCACGCAGCGGAACUGAACAAUGUCCAAGAAGCGCUGAGUUCAGAGAGGAAGACCAACCAAGAGGUGUGUGCGCGUUUGGAAGAUGAGAGACGGUCUGCUGAAGAGCUGCGGAAAAGUCUGGAAAGAGAGAAGGAUGAGCUGAGGGCAAAACUGAAGGAUACCAACGCUGAGAUCUCCAGGCUGGAGGCUGUGAUCCAGCAGAACGGCGAGAAGGAGAAGGUGGCUGGCGAAGCUGCACCAUCGUGCGGUCCCCGGUGCUCUCGCCUGGAGGAGGAGCUCGGUCAGGCCCGGAGUCGGCUGGCUCGAGCUCAAGAGGAGGCCGAGAGACAACGUGACAGGCAGCAGAGAGAGAUAGCCUCCCUGAGGGCGGACAAGCAUCGGCUGGAGGAUAAAGUCCUGGAACAGAGCCGAAUGAGCACAGAGAGGAACCUUCUGGAGCAGAGCCAGCGGCACAUGGAGGACCGCAUCAGGGCAGAGUGCGAGGAUCGUCUCAGAGCAGAGUUCAGGAUAGAGAUGAACGCUGCAGUCGCUGAGAGUGAACAAAGGUGGCAGGGCAAAGAGCAGGAGCUGCAGGCCCAGGUAUCAGAGCUGCAGGCUCAGCUGACUGAGCUGCAAGCACAGCUGUCACAGAUGCAGGCCGAGAAAAAGACGGCGGGACAGGAAGAUGACAGCAACGCCAACCCUGAAAUCGACAAGCUGAAGAAAGAAGUCCAGGACACCAAGGAGAUAAACAAGAAACUGAGGGAACUGCUGCAGGAGCCUCAGAGCCAGUCCUUGGCAGAGGAGAGACACAGUCACGCCAUGGCGCUGCAGGCUUUGGAGAAGCAGGCCAAGGAAGAUCUUCUAUCUGAGAUCAACCGACUUCAGACAAUGCACCACCUGGAGCUGGACAAGCAGCGUGCCGAGCUGACCCAGCAGCACACCGAGUGGAGCCGACAGAUGACCCAGAGACACAUGCAGCAGAUAGAAGACCUGCAGGCCCAACUACAAGCACACACGCAGAUGAUGGCCCUGCAACAGGACCUGAAGCAGCAGAACCAGUACCAAGUAUUUGAGCGACAGCUGGACGAGAGCCGCUGUGCCAUGCUGGAGCUCCAGAGAGAAAACACGGCACUGAAAAAGCAACUGCAGGAACGGUCUGUGAAGAAGAAUUCAGAGGUCGAGGAGAAGGAGGAGGAGAGCACAGACAUGAAGAAGAACAGAGACGCUCAGCUGGAGGAGGAAGCACAACACCUGAAGGAGGAGGUGGAGAAACUCAGGGUGGAAAUGGAGAAACUCGAGGAGUCCCAGAAACACUGGGAGGAGAAGAAAGAGGAUGACCUGAAAGAGGAGGAGGUGGAUGAGGAGAAGAAGAAAGAGCGAGAGGAGGAGAAAAGAAAAGAGGAGGUAGAGGAGAUCAGAAGGGAGCACAAGAGGGAGAUGCAGAGUUUGGUUUCGGAGUACAGCAGUGCGCAGAACCACUUGCAAGCUCGCAUAGUGGCUUUGGAGAACGAACUGCGGGAGCGAGAAGAACGCUGCAGGAGGAGGGAGCCUCGAUGUGACGACAUGUCUCUAGGGAGACUCCAGGAGCGGCUCAUGGAAAGAGAUCAGCUCAUUAAACGCUUAGUGGAAGAGAGGCAUCAGCUGCAGCUCCACCCUCCCGUCGCCGGGGACAACAGCACUCUCAGGCUCCGUGACAGCAAGUCCCGCCCCGGCAGCGUCACGCCAACUAUGAGGAGAAAGGAUGGGGAGUCUCCCCCGCGCGUCACCAGCAUCCCCAGCACCGCUGCCUACGACAGGAGCAUCUUCCUUUCCCAUUCCUCUUCAUCGUCUUCCUCCUCCGUGCAUCCACACUCCUCAACACUUCCACACCAGUCCAGCUUCCAUCCCCACGUCUCUCCCCACUACUCCACCUCCUCUCUUCCACACAAGCACACCUCCCUCUCCCUGAACCAACAUUCCUCCCCAUCCCUCCCUCGCUCCCCCAGGUCCCGGACAUCCUGCAUCCCGCCCACCCCGGCGCCAACCGCUCCUCUGCCCGUCUGCCCCUCAUCUCAGACGGGCAUCCGAUACGUGUCCCCCUCCUGCCAGGAGCCACACUCGUACAUGCAGGCCCAGUCAAUCAGGGGCCCAUACCUGGAGCAGAGGGGGACAGAAGGGCUGAAGCAGGAGUGGUUCACCAAAUACUUCUCCUUCUAAGCACAAAUACACACACACACACACACACACGCACACACACACACAAACACACAAAGAAGAUGCGAAAACAUCUCAGACAAGAUUCAAAGCUUCUUUUACAGAGACAGACUGAUAAUAACAAACACACACACACCCAUGCAAACAGACAAAACCUUUAAAGCACAGCAGUUCACACAGUCACCCACAGACAUAUUUAUGGGCUCAUCACCAGCAAGGCCAUCUCAGACAUUGCCUCAAAGCUCAACCAAAAAGUGCUUCUCAACACAUGCCUGACCUCUCCUCAGAACAUAAGCCUGCCAGAUGAAACUUUCUAUAAUCUGUUUUUUUUUUAAAGGCAGUCUUCCUUUUUUAACGCAGCUGUUUUUCUUGACCCAUCACAGAGUUACUUCAGGCAAGUGAGCAUUUUUUUUUUCCUAACCAACAACAACCAAGUGUUUCAUCUAGUGUGGAAGCGGUUAACAUAUUCAGUCCAGAGCCAACAUAAAGACGGACACACGAAACCCACGAUAUCAUGUUUGUUUCGAUGCAAAAAUGUAUGAUACUCCUUAAUGAAAACGGAAUAAACAUAUUUUGUUUUUGUAA